GCGCUGGAGCGUCGGAGCUGCGGGUCUGUGGGAACGGAAGCCACGGCCAGGAAGAGAGGCAGCCAGGAUGGCGACUCCGAGCAGGAAAACGUCCACCCCAAGUCCCCUGGCCCCCAAGAGAGCUUUCCCGAGAGAUCCCUCGUCGGAAGUCCCGAACAAGAAAAAGAGUUCGGCCCCACCGGCGGCGCUGCCGCCACUGCCGCUGCAGUCGUCCGGGCCUUUCGUUGAAGGCUCUAUCGUUCGCAUCGCUAUGGAGAACUUCCUAACAUAUGAUAUCUGUGAAGUGUCUCCUGGGCCCCACUUGAAUAUGAUUAUUGGAGCUAAUGGAACAGGGAAGUCCAGCAUCGUGUGUGCCAUUUGCCUUGGAUUAGCAGGCAAACCUGCUUUCAUGGGACGGGCAGAUAAGGUUGGCUUUUUUGUGAAGAGAGGAUGUUCCAAAGGCAUGGUUGAAAUUGAAUUGUUCAGGACUUCUGGAAAUCUUGUAAUCACUCGUGAGAUUGAUGUGGCAAAAAAUCAGUCCUUUUGGUUCAUCAACAAAAAAUCUACAACUCAGAAAGUAGUAGAAGAGCAGGUUGCAGCCUUAAAUAUUCAAGUGGGCAAUCUUUGCCAGUUUCUACCUCAGGAUAAAGUUGGAGAAUUUGCUAAACUCAGUAAAAUUGAACUCCUUGAAGCUACUGAGAAGUCAAUUGGUCCUCCAGAAAUGCACAAAUACCACUGUGAACUCAAAAACUUCAGGGAGAAAGAAAAACAACUAGAGACCUCAUGCAAAGAGAAAACUGAAUAUCUAGAGAAGAUGAUUCAGAGGAAUGAAAGAUAUAAACAAGAUGUGGAGAGGUUCUAUGAACGUAAGCGACAUUUAGAUUUGAUUGAGAUGCUUGAAGCAAAAAGGCCAUGGGUGGAAUAUGAAAAUGUUCGUCAGGACUAUGAAGAAGUAAAACUAGCUCGGGACCGAGCGAAGGAAGAGGUCAGGAAACUUAAAGAAGGGCAGAUUCCUAUAACACGACGCAUUGAAGAAAUUGAAAGGCAGCGUCACAAUUUGGAGGCUCGAAUCAAAGAGAAGGCAACAGAUAUUAAGGAGACAUCUCAAAAAUGCAAACAAAAGCAAGAUGUUAUAGAAAGGAAAGAUAAACAUGUAAGAUCUUGUAUUGAAAUUUUUGUUAUGUUAAUUUGCCCUAACUUUUGUGUUCAGAUUAUUUCACUAAUUAAAGUGUUCAGAGGAAUAAUGCUUUAUUUUCCAAUUUUAGGUGUGGAUGAUCAUAUUGUGCGUUUUGACAACCUUAUGAAUCAAAAGGAAGAUAAGCUGAGACAGAGAUACCGUGACACAUAUGAUGCUGUUUUAUGGCUGAGAAAUAACAGAGACAAAUUUAAGCAAAGAGUCUGUGAACCCAUAAUGCUCACGAUCAAUAUGAAAGAUAACAAAAAUGCCAAAUAUAUUGAAAAUCAUAUUCCAUCAAAUGACUUGAGAGCUUUUGUGUUUGAAAGUCAAGAAGAUAUGGAGGUUUUCCUCAAAGAGGUUCGUGACCAUAAAAAAUUAAGAGUGAAUGCUGUUAUUGCUCCUAAGAGUUCAUAUGCAGACAAAGCACCUUCACGACCAUUGAAUGAACUUAAACAAUAUGGAUUUUUCUCUUAUUUGCGAGAGUUAUUUGAUGCACCUGAUCCUGUCAUGAGUUACCUCUGCUGCCAGUAUCACAUUCAUGAAGUUCCUGUAGGAACUGAAAGAACCAGAGAAAGAAUUGAACGGGUAAUACAAGAAACCCGAUUAAAACAAAUUUAUACAGCAGAAGAAAAGUUUGUGGUGAAAACUUCUUUUUAUUCAAACAACGUUAUUUCUAGUAACACAUCACUAAAAGUAGCCCAGUUUCUCACAGUCACUGUGGAUCUAGAGCAAAGACGACACUUAGAAGAACAGCUAAAGGAAAUUAAUAGAAAAUUGCAAGCAGUAGAAUCAGGGUUGAUUGCCUUACAUGAGACAAACAAACAUCUAGAACACAAAGAUAAUGAACUUAGACAAAAGAAGAAGGAGCUUCUUGAAAGGAAAACCAAGAAAAGACAACUGGAACAAAAAAUUAGUUCCAAACUAGGAAGUUUAAAGCUGAUGGAACAGGAUACUUGCAACCUUGAAGAGGAAGAACGAAAAGCAAGCACCAAAAUCAAAGAAAUAAAUGUUCAAAAAGCCAAACUUGUUACUGAAUUAACAAACCUGAUAAAGAUUUGUACUUCUUUGCAUAUACAAAAAGUAGAUUUAAUUCUUCAAAAUACUACAGUGAUCUCCGAGAAGAACAAAUUAGAAUCAGAUUAUAUGGCUGCUUCAUCACAGCUACGUCUCACAGAGCAACGUUUCAUCGAGUUGGAUGAAAGUAGACAGAGAUUAUUGCAGAAAUGCAGGGAACUUAUGAAGAGAGCCAGGCAAGUAUGUAACCUGGGUGCAGAGCAGACCAUUCCUCAAGAAUAUCAGACACAAGUACCCACCAUUCCAAAUGGACACAACUCCUCACCCCCCAUGGCUUUCCAAGAUCUUCCAAACACCUUGGAUGAAAUUGAUGCUUUAUUAACUGAAGAAAGAUCAAGAGCUUCUUGCUUCACAGGACUGAAUCCUACAGUUGUUGAGGAGUACACAAAAAGAGAAGAAGAAAUAGAGCAAUUAACUGAGGAACUAAAGAUAAAGAAUGUUGAACUGGAUAAAUAUAGGGAAAACAUUUCACAGGUAAAAGAAAGGUGGCUGAAUCCUUUAAAAGAGCUGGUAGAAAAAAUUAAUGAAAAAUUUAGCAAUUUUUUUAGUUCCAUGCAGUGUGCUGGUGAAAUUGAUCUCCAUACAGAAAAUGAGGAAGACUAUGAUAAAUAUGGAAUUCGAAUCAGAGUCAAAUUUCGCAGUAGCACUCAACUACAUGAAUUAACUCCUCAUCAUCAAAGUGGAGGUGAAAGAAGCGUUUCUACCAUGUUAUACUUGAUGGCACUUCAGGAGCUUAAUAGAUGUCCAUUCAGAGUAGUUGAUGAAAUCAAUCAGGGAAUGGACCCAAUCAAUGAACGGAGAGUGUUUGAAAUGGUUGUAAAUACUGCUUGUAAAGAAAACACAUCUCAGUAUUUCUUUAUUACACCAAAGCUCCUGCAAAAUCUUCCUUAUAAUGAAAAGAUGACGGUGUUAUUUGUCUACAAUGGUCCUCAUAUGCUAGAACCAAACAGAUGGAAUUUAAAGGCUUUCCAAAGGAGGCGGCGCCGUAUUACAUUCACUCAGCCUUCUCAAUAAAAGUAAAGGGCAAGAACUUUGGGACUUUUCUGUUAAAUCCUGUAUAUAAGUGUGGCUCAACUGAAUAAAAGUUAGGAGAUUCAUUAAGACUAAAAGAUCAGUUAUUUUUGGAAACCCACUAUUAGAUACAAAUGGGUCGAUGAAAAGAGACCAUAAUAACUUCUUUCUGUGGAACAUCAUCUGGUAGUAAAAAUUAAGUCUUCUUGAGUCCUUAGCACUCUGACCAUAAGUCAUUGGGUCCCCAUUUUUAAAAGUAUUUGCUACUCAAAUCAAAGGUACAGUGGAAGGGCUUAUCAAUUACAAGAAGUUUAAUUGACAUGGUAACCCUGAGCUUUACUUGCAAAGUAGUUUUAAUUACUUUUAGAGUCUAAAGAUGACUCUACAGCUUAAGCCACAGUUUUUCCCAGUGUUAUAUUUAAUUUUUAAAAUUUGAUAUGGAAAUGUCUAGUCUAAUGUAUAGUAAUAAUUUAUGGCAAAUCUAUUCAUUUCUUCCUAUUAAAAAGAUACCUUAUCUCCACUAGGAAAUGGAAUUUUAUGAGCCUUUAAAAAAAGUUUUAUGAAACUUGAUACUAUAUUGGUAUCUCAAAGAAGGGAAAAGUAUUGGGGUUCAAAAAUGGUAGCAGGACUUCUUUGAAAUGCCACAAGGUGGCCACUAGAUGAUGCAAAAAAUGCAACCAAAAGAUUGACAGAGAAUAAAAUCAAGUGCCAAGGGUUUUUAAAGAAUAACCCUGUAAAAUGUGGGUGAGGUUUUUUGGGUUUUGGUGGUUUUUUCCUUUUUUUAAUUUAAAGUCAGUUGUAUUUUACAUCUUAAAUUUCUAAAGCAUUUUCUUAAUUAUUUUUAGGAAGAUUUUUCUUAAGAUUUCAUAUACUGGUUUCUACAGUUUAUAUUUGAAAUUUCUCAGUGUUAAUGUAAAGAGUGAGGAAAAGUAUUGAUUUGUUUAAAACCAUAAUGUUUUUAGAAUCUAAGCUUAUAUAGGUCCUAAAACUUAGUGUUGAUCCUACCCCAUUAUCUUAGAAAAUCUAGUUUAAACUGUUCUUUCAACGUGAAAGAAUUAGAUGAGAAAAUCAUUUGUUUAUCUCUGCAUUAUAUUAAUUAACAGUGCCAAAAAAAAUUCUAUUCUUUUAAAUAUUGUAAAAUAACGGACUAGAUCAAGGACAUAUCUUUGAACAAUGGACUGGAUCUGUGCCGGUAAUAACAGAAUUAUUUUUUUGACUUGGCAGCUUGACUAAGUUGAAGAAUUGCAGUCAGUUUGGGUUUUGUAUGUUCUUAAAUAGCCACUGAAAUGAUUCUUGUUAGGUCAAAAAACAAACCUCUUACUUGGACAUUUUCUCUUUAAAAAGCUAUUUUUUUCUUCAUAAAAUUUUUAAAAGAGCCUUCCCCUCUUAAACUAAGUCUAAUGCAUAUACUAUGAAAAUAUUUUAAAAUAACAUUUUUUCUAGUGCAAACAGCUCAUGUAAACCUUGAAAACCUUGGUAACAUAUUAGUAAAUGGAUGUUGUUACCAAAUGUUUUUGUUGUUUAAUACUUCGUUUUCCACCAAAGUAUCUUUACUAAUAUGUGCUUGGUGUAGUUUGUUUAUUGUCUGAGUUAGUGCCAGUCAUCUUAUUUCUGCAAAAUGAUUAUCAAUGUGAAAAAGAAGUUUGAAGAUUAGGUGUGUUUGAAAAUAAAAUGGUCAACUACCUUUCAGUUUACAUAUGCCAAUAAUUAUUCCAUACCUUGUUUAUAAGCAUUUCUCUCUUUCUAGUGGACAAAUAUUCGGUUUUUACAUUGAAUGUUGACCUGUGAAGAAUAGUAAGUCUAGCGCAUUAGUCUCAGCCACUUGAAGCUUCACAUAUUUUCUGUAAAAGUUGAUUUUAAUUACAUACAAAUUGUAAAAACUUCAAGUAACAGUCUGAUUUGAUGAAUAAAAUAUUUAAAACCCUAA